AUGAACCUCGCCGUCGCCCUCACUGCUGCCAGGUAUGGGGCUGCCAUAGCCAAUUAUACUGAAGUGGUGCACCUACUAAAGAGGCCAGACCCUCAGACGGGGAAGGAGAGGGUCUGUGGAGCACACUGCAGGGAUGUGAUCACAGGGCAGGAAUUUGAUGUCAGAGCCAAAUGUGUUAUCAAUGCCACGGGACCUUUUACGGACGUGCUGCGGAAAAUGGAUGAUCAGAAGAACCCCGACAUCUGUCAGCCCAGUGCCGGGGUGCACAUCGUCAUCCCGGGCUAUUACAGGACAAUAUGUGCACCCUGGGUUUGAGACUAUGGGAGCAGUGGCUGGAAUUGAAACCAGCUGAAUUAAUCUCCAGGAAACAGCG